CGGAUACGUUCCGUUGAAUUGUCAGAUUUGGCAUGUGAACGGACGUAAAGCUAUACAAAUUGGUUUUCCAUAAAAGUGUCAAGCUUUGAACAAAUAAAAGUAAAGAAGAAAAUAUACUCUAUCCACUGAAGUUCUUCCUGAUCGUUUCUUUCUGGUGUUGAGAGCUCACGUUCCACCCUACCACCAAAAUGGCAUCCAAACCCCAAGCCACCCUCAUGAAGAAACACAGUCAGACUGACCUGGUGAGUCGACUGAAGACACGCAAGGUGCUGGGAGUUGGAGGCGAGGACGAUGACGGCGAGGUGCACAGGUCGAAGAUCAGUCAGAUGCUGGGAAAUGAAUCCAAAUUUGGGGGGAGAGAACCUGUAGGACUCAGGUUUUGGAUCCUCAUUUCAGCAGUCACACUUACUGCAGUGGCUUUAAUGGCUGUUGCGUUCCCCAGCCAGCUCUACGAAACAGUCUUCAAAGAGAAGCUUCUUGCCGCCAGUAUUUCCAUCCGGCUUUAUGGAGGAGCACUUCUCAGUCUUUCUUUAAUCAUGUGGAAAGGUUUGCAUACUGCAGAGAAGGUUAUUAUUCAGUGGAGCCUGCUGGCAGAGGUCUGCUACUUGGCAAUCCAGUUUUUAGUUACAUUUGUUACCCUCAUAGAAGUCAGCCCGGUCUCCCACAGCCCCAUGAUUCUCCUCCUCCUCAGUCAAGUGCUCUUCCUCAUUGUUACCCUCUACUUCUACUUCCACUUAAGACGCCGGCCCAAGAAGAUCUGAGGAGCGGCAGAUGCAUCAGAGGAGGCCUUGUAUUUCUGAGGCAGGGUUAUUCUUUUCCAGAAGCUGGUCAGCUUUAAGCGCAGCUCCAGGUCUUGUGGUUUGGAGCCUUUCUGUUUCCACUGUACCUCAGUUGCCUCAGUGAAAUCCAGCCUUUUUACUGGUGUAACACAGAGUCUUUGUUAUUGUAUAUGUGUCACUGGGUAGCCCUGAUUGCUUGCUCUGUAAUCAUUGCACCUCAUAAUAUUAGGUGGGGGUGCCUUAAUGCAGGACCCUUUAGAACCAAAUGACUUCUGCAUUGGGGGUCCUUGUUCAUAAACUAUUUGCCAGUUUGAAUGUUAUUACUUUCAUAUUUUCAUCUGUUUAAUCCCUUCUUACAAAAGGGAAUUGCAGCUAAUGAAGGUUUUGAUUGGAUAGAUGUUGGGUGUAUAGAAUUUGAGUCCACUGCUCUAAUGUGCUUUAUGCUUUUACUGCAUCACUUAUAUAUCUGAUUCUGGCUAAAUAAUUUGAGCACAAGAAACAGUAUCGGAUAAUGUCGCUUGUUUUUGUGAUUUCACGUGUGUCAGCCUGUAAUGUAGUCUGCAUACAGGUUUGAAACACUAGCAUUCUCUAAGAUCCUGUGCAUGGAGAUAAAAACCGCCGUGGGUAGUUCUAAUGUUAUCCAAAGUAUAUCAGGCACUGUUGAUUUGUUUUCUCAGUGUUCUUACUUUUUAUUAUGGGUUUUGUUUCACCUUUCACUUUAGUUGAUUAAUCUUACAACUUUUAAACAAUCACUUUCAUUCAUCCGUUCGUUCAUUCAGCACAGUUGAUGAUUUACUGAAUACCCUGUUGUGUUAAACUAGUUUUUUGUUGGGGGUAUAUAUUCAAAACAAGCUUGAGUUAAGGUAUUUCAGAACAUUUUAUUCCUUAAAAUAACCUAUAUUGGUAAAUUCUUCAAUUAAUUAUAUUUGCUUUAAGUUGCUUACCUAAUAAUUUGUAAAAUCACCCCAACAUAAAGAUGGCACUGAGCUUCAUUUAAUUCAGGCCAUACUACAUCAUAAAUAUAUCGUGCUAGAUUAUAAAUGUGAAAUUGAGGCCAGACUGAAAAAAAGACUCUCACAUGAGUGUUUGAUUAAAAAGAACUUGAAUCGUGUAGCUGGAAUAGACAGCACUAACACACAGGGGUUUGCCAGGUCCACGGUUGAGAAACCUGAUAUUAAGCAGUUAUAUUUGCUAUGCUGUAUACCUAGUGUCAUCCCAUGCAGACCAGGAACUAUAGGAUAUGCAGGAUUUUAAAAACCAGCGAGAAGGGUGCUAUGUAGGCAGUGUAAAGUUGCUUUUGUGGCCUUCAGUGGCCUUUAGGAUAUUUUUGAUUCCUUCUGCAAAGACACACAUAUGAAGAGCUUGAGGAUGCAGUUUAGAGAGUUGAUCAUAUUUCCAAAAUUCAGUCCAAUUCAUGAGUACCAUUUCUGUGGACUUUUCAGUGAGUUUUGGCAAAUGAAACAAAAGUUCUUUGUUGGCUCACAUGAGGAUGGAGGGAGUUUUGGUUGAAUGUUUAAUGAGGAAGUUUGGCUUGAGAUCAUUUGUGGUCUCAUCUCAAAAACAGCAAAAAAUGGAAUGAGUGAGUUUCAGAAAUGUACUCUUCGAUUAUUUGUUGACAGUGUUUAUUUUGUAAAGAAAUAAAAUUAAUUACUAAGAGUAAUCAGACAUAUUGUAGAAAUGUAUACAUUUUGGAAUGUGUUUUCGUGGUGUAUAAGUGUAAAUAUAGCACAACUUUGUGAGCCAACCUGUCCAGUCACAUUAUAAAUUAACAUUGUACUGAAAUUUUGGUGAUUUAGAUAUUAAUGAGAAUAAUACCAGCUGUAUACAUAAGUCUUUGCAAGAUAAAUUUGACAGAUUGGUAUGAUUUGAGAGUGAUGAGGAGCACCAGCAUUUUCCUACGUAUUACCCUGUAGUAUGGUUGAGAUCUUUUGAUGCAUCACAUUAUUCUUACUCGUGGUAUGAUGGAGCCACCAACAAGGAUCAGCUUACAACUAUCCACUUUUAUUAUAAGAUCAGAAGUACUGUCCCAGAACAGAGGACGCCUCAAACACUAAACAUACAUGACUGAAACUGCCACGCCAAAAAUAGGACCUUUAAAUGACAUGUGCUGCCAGUGAGCAUGCUAGCUUGCAAUUUAGUGAGCCCAGUAGUCAGGGACUCCUCUAUCCCCACACCCUGAUCUUAGUCUGCCUGGUUAUAAGCCAUUUUUCAUCAGUUACAGUAAUGAGAACCAGCUGGGCCUCAUUAGCAAGUUCACAGGCUGGAAAAUGCUGGAUCCUCCCAAAAGAGAGAGACCUGCCUCCUAUUGGUACUGAGUUCACUGCAGAUUUGUACAUAAAGUUAGUUUAUUACGGUUUCUUUUAGAAUAGACCCUUAUACUUUAUUACAAAAUGGAAAAUAGAAAGUCAGUUUCAUAGUGUAAUAGUGUCACAUGUUUUCCACAGUAUAGGUAAACUGCAGCAGUAUGUUUCUUGUUACAGUAUUCUAGUGCUUCUCCAUUAUAGGAUUUUAGUCAGUUAGGAUGCUCUUAUCGCAAACCCUCCUGUAGUUCUUGCCAUUUAAAUCAAGACAGUACCUUAAACUAACCUGUAAUAAUGGGUCGUUUUAAACUUUAUAUGCAAAAACAGUUGUAUUUGAAGAUAAUUUAAAAUGCAAACCGUAUGUUAUCAAAAUGCAGGAUUGUAUACAUACACUGUUAAAUAAAACAUUUUUUUCAAAUGCC